CGGCCUUGGGGUGCGGAUCACGCUAUGGAGCUCAGCGGCCUAGUGCAAGCCCUGAAGCGGGACGGGCCGCAGCCGUCCCCCGCUGUCCCCCCGGCCGAGCAGGUCCUGCUCCAGAUCGGGCAGCUCCUGUCCGGCGGUGCCCCCAAAGCCGGCGCGGUGCGAGACCUGUGUGCGCUUAUGGAGGCUGCGGACUGCCGGUGGCUGUUCGAGGGCCUGUGCCCCGCCACGCUGGGUGAGUUGGUGCUGGCGCUGAGCCGGUACGGAGCCCCCCCGGAGCAGGAGCAAGAGGCCGCGGAUGUGCCCUGGAAGGACGGUGUGUGCGCGGCUGCAGCUGAGAGAGCAGCGGAUGUCGGGGCAGUGCUCCUGCACCUCCUGGCGAAGCUGGAAGCUGCCAAGGCGCAGGAGUCUCUGGGUGCCCCCGUGGUGGGCCCCAUCCUGCGCCGUGUGAUGGGGCCUGUCUACAUCUUCGCUGCCACCCAUAUCGUGGAGAGGCCCUGGACAAACGGGAGGUCGCAGACGGUGGCACGGGAGCUGCUGGAGGCACUGGUUCAGGCCGCAGGGUGCGGGUCUGUGGCUGAGUUCCUUCGGGGGAAGAGUGAAGAUGAGGAAGGAAGGUUUGCAGCGGUGAUGGGGCUCUUGAAACAGGAGUUAACCAAAGACACUUGGAAGCGGAACCCCGCCACAAAGCAUGUGUUCUCCUGGACACUGCCUCACGUCACCCGGCCCUGGCUCAGCCAUUACCUGGAGCGGGUCCUCCCACCAGCACUGCUCAUCUCAGACGAUUACCGGGAGGAGAACAAGCUCCUGGGUGUGCGCUGCCUGCAUCACAUCGUUCUGAACGUGCCAGGUGCUGAUCUGUGCCAGUUCAACAGGGCUGAGGUUGUGUACCAUGCCCUUUACAACCACCUCUAUUCACGAGAGGCCACUCUCAUCCAGGCAGUGCUGCUGUGCCUGCUGGACCUGCUGCCAGUCCUGGAGAGAGCUCAGAGGCAGCAGAAGCGGGUCAGACCAACCUCUCACUGUGAUGAGGUGCUGCAGCUGGUUCUGACCCACAUGGAGGCAGAGCAUCGCCUUGCGCUGCGGCGGGUCUACGCCAGGGCCCUGCCUGCCUUUGUGCAGAGCCUUGGCAUCCUGAUAGCACGGCACCUGAAGAGGCUGGAGCGAGUUAUCCUGGGGUAUCUGGAAGUCUCUGAUGGCCCUGAGGAAGAAGCCCGACUGGGAAUACUGGAGACACUGCAGUGCACCAUAAAGCAUGCUUGGCCCAGAAUGCCAUGCAGGCUCCCUGUGCUCCUGAAAGCCCUGCUGAAGAUGCUCUGGGACGUGCACACUGACCAGGGUUCAACGCCAGAGCCUGUAAAAGCUGCCUUGCUCCAAGGGGCCACUGAAUGCCUCAUCCUGCUGGAUCGCUGUUCUGAAGGGCAAGUGAAGGACCUGCUGGAAGGCGUGUACAGCAGCUGCGAGGAGAACCGCGUGAGGGAGUGCAUCAGGAAAGUGCGAGAGAACACGUGAGGCCCACGGGCAGUCAGAGCUGCUGAUCCUUACCGUAUCCUGCUUCAGCCUUUCCAGUAGUUCCUUCUCAAUGGCAUUAUCCAGCUGA